AUGAGAACCAUCCUCCCAGGCCUCCCCUCCCCCCACCUCCAAGCCCUAGCAACAGGCUACUGCCAAAACGCAUCCGAGUCCGGCCCCCGUCGAAUAACCGUCUACAUCUCCGGUCCCGCAAUCUCAAUCCUCUCCCCAAGCCCCACCUCCCCAUCCCAUCUCCUCCAAACAAUCUACGACGACGACCCAACCCCCCUCCAAUCCGUUGCCCUCGACGAACCCACGGCCAAAAUCGCCGUUAUCACCACCUCUGGCACAGGGAGGAUAUACAAACCAACAAUCAACACCCUCCUCCCGAUCAACUCCCCCGAGCGUGAGCCCCGCUGGGUAUUACAAGGAACCUUUUUCUCCUCCCCCUCCCCUUCCCAUCCAGCAACCCUCUCCUGGGGCAGCGACGGCGAACUUUUGGUCUCCUCCUCCUCAUCCCUCCAACUAUGGCAGACGUCCCGACCAGAGGGGGAUAUUCAUUUAUCAUGGACGCAACCGCUCCCUAAUCCAGCGAAAAUGGCGCUGUUGUCGUAUGAUUCGGCGUACAUAGCCUCUGUGGGGCGAUAUGAUAAACUGGUGAAAGUGUGGAGGAGGCUGAGCUAUGGGUCUGGGGGUGCGGGGACGGAGGAGGGCGUUGAUGGGGCGAGGUUUGAUUUUGUGUACUUACGGCAUGGGGAUGUGGUUACCAGGCUUGAGUGGAGGAGGAGGCCGAGGCAUGAGGGGCAGACGGUGGAGAAUGUGCUUUGGACGGUGGACUGCAAAGGAAGAGUAAAGCUUUGGGUUGGCGGGGAUGGGCAUGGGAUGAGGGAGCUGAGGCUUUGGGGGGGGUUGGAAUUGGGGAUGAAAAUGGGGUGGGUGAUUCAGGGGGGGGAUUUGAUGGGGGCUGUUGAGGGGGUUGUGGAACGGGGGAGGGGGGAGGGGGUGGAGAGGGUGGUGGAGGUCGGGAGGAGGUGUCAUGAGGUUGUGGUCGGGUUGGAUGGGAAAGGCGGGGUGAAGGUUUGGGGGUUGGAGGAUGUGGGUUGGGAACCGGGUGCGCAGAAGAGAGGGGGGGUCUGGGAGAUUGUGGAGGUGAAGGGGGUGGAGGGGUUGGACUGGGGAGGGGGAGCAGGUGAACAUGUCGAGGUGCAGAGUUAUUGUGAUGGCAAGGGGCUGUUGCAGGUGCUGGUGCACUUUUUUGAUGGGAGGAUUGAGGUUUAUGAGACCGAUCUCGCGGCCUUGGUUGAUCCGAACCCGAAGAGGAAGAGGCUAGAAAGGGUGGCUGUUUGGACUGGGCAUUCGGCACCGGUCAAGAAGGUGGUGAGGAAUUUCAGUGGGAGGGCGGUCGUUACGAGGACGGAGUCGGGGCAGAGCGUUGUGUGGAAACAUGAGUUGGAUCAUGGGAAGGGGGUGACGAUGUUGAGGAGACAGGUCGUCAUCCAGCAAGCGGGGCAUGUUCACCGGAUGUGCGUGUUGAGAAAGGGGAGGUUUGUGGUUUUCUUGCGGCACGAAAAGGUUGAGCUUUGGGACUGUAGGGGGGCUCAGGCGAGAUUGCUGGCCGAGCAGAGGUAUGAUGUGCCGGGGAAACCAUUGUGCCUGAUUGUGCUGCCGAGGCACAAGGUGGAGGAUUACACCACGGCGCAUGUUGCGACGAUCACGUCGGAAAAGGAGGGUGUUGGUUGGGAGGUCAAGUUUCCGUUCUAUAGACCGAACGAUCCGACGGUCAACGUUGCGAAUGGCCGGGGGGAGGGGGAUCAGGAGGGGUGCAUCAGGGAGUUUGUCAAGUUUACGCUUGAGGAUGCGGGGGAUUUGGGGUAUGUGUUACCUGUUGAUCCGGCCGGGGCGGAUUUCCAUGUUUCGGGGUUUUUGGAUGUGUUUGCACGGGAUGUGGCGAUUUCGUACACGCACUCGGGGAGGGUCGAGUUUUGGACUGCGAGGGUUGGGCAUGAGGGGAAGGGGGUGGAGUGGUUGUCGACGAGCUCGCUGGAGACGGGGGUUGCGAACCCGGCGCUGGUCAGCGGGAGCACGCUGAAAAAGGCGGCGUUGGUGAGUGCGGAUCGGUCGACGUUGACGAUUUGGGAUAUCAGGGGGGCGAGGCUGGAGUAUGAGCAAAAGUUUGAGAACAGUCAUACGAUUAGGGAUCUGGACUGGGCGACCACGCCGGCGAAGCAGAGUAUCUUGGCGGUUGGGUUUCCUCAUCGGGUGUUGUUGUUGAGUCAGAUGAGGUUUGAUUAUCUCAACAAGGGGCCGGCGUGGCUGCCGACGAGGGAGAUUUCGAUACGGCAGUGCACACCGCAUCCGAUUGGGGACUCGGUUUGGUUGGGGGGUGGACACUUGGUGAUUGCGGCGGGGAACCAGCUGUUUGUGCAUGAUCGGGAGUUUGAGGCUUCGACUUCGCUUGUUCCGGCAACCGGGCUGAGGAUACCGCAUCGAAAGGGCAAGGCGAGGCAGCUUGAUCUGUUUGAGGUUGUGGACCGGCUCAAUGGCCCGCUGCCGGUUUUCCACCCGCAGUUCUUGAGCAUGUGCAUCCUUGCCGGAAGGAUCUCGCUCGUUCACAAGGUCCUGCAGGCGUUGCGCAAGACGCUUCGGUUCUGGGCAGAGGGUGAUGUGGUGGAUGAUUACCUCGGCCUCGACCUGGUGGAAUUCUACGCCGGCGAUGGGUCACUGCAUAACGGCGGUGGCCACCCAAGAGAGUACCUCAACCGCCGGCAGUCGUUUGACGACGGCGACGAGCCCUUCUCGGAAGAAACAGCUGUCGACAUCAACGAGCGCCUCACCCGCAUUGGCAUCCCUCAGCUCUCGGGCCACGAACAAAUCCAACUCGUCGACAUUGUAGAAUGCGUCGGCGUGGUCGAAAAACAACGUCGCUCCCUCGACGAAAACGGAGCAAGAUUCAUGCUCGCCUUCAGGCAACACGCCCUGAGAAAGGGAAGAGCAAACGAGGUGCACAUCUCGUGGCGCGAAAUCAGCUGGGCAUACCACUCCACCAGCCAAGACGUCCUUGUCGAUUUUGUGACCAAGCAGAACCACGGCAGGAUGCUGUGGGAGGGCGCGAGAGAAAGCGGCAUGUUCAUGUGGCUUGGUGACAGCGCUGCCGUGAGGCAACAGUUUGAGAUUAUUGCGAGAAACGAGUACACCAAAGGCGAGGACAAGAACCCUAUCGAUUGCAGCCUCUAUUACCUCGCCCUCAAGAAGAAGACUAUCCUCCAGGGCCUGUGGAGAAUGGCAAGCUGGAAUAAAGAACAGGCCUCGACGUCGAAGUUUCUGGCGAAUAACUUUGACGAUCCGAAGUGGCGGACUGCGGCGUUGAAGAAUGCUUACGCGUUGAUGUCGAAGCGGAGGUUUGAGUACGCGGCUGCGUUCUUCUUGUUGGCGGACCAUUUGCAUGAUGCGGUGAACGUCUGUCUUAAUCAGCUUCAUGACCUGCAGCUCGCGGUGGCGAUCACGAGGGUGUACGAGGGUGAUAAUGGGCCGGUGCUGAAGAGGCUUCUCGAAGAAGAAGUCCUAUCCACUGCAGCAAAAGAAGGAAACCGCUGGUUAGCGUCGUGGGCAUUUUGGAUGCUUGGGCGUCGUGAUAUGGCUGUGAGGGCACUUAUUACGCCAGUCUUUGCCCUCCUCUCCACCACCCCCUCCUCCCCACCCCCAGACGACGGCAACCUCAAAUCCAAAUCCUACCUCACCGACGACCCCGCCCUCGUAAUCUUGUACCGCCAGCUCCGCCAAAAGACGCUUCAAACACUCCGUGGAGCGACAAAGGUCACGCCAAAGGUGGAGUGGGAGUUUGUGCUGCAUUCUGCCGGGUUAUAUGACCGCAUGGGCUGUGACUUGCUCGGCCUUGAUUUGGUGAGAAACUGGGAGUUUUUCCACCCUGCCGCGCAGGCGAUGACGGGGUUGGGAGGGGAGAUUAACCCGUUGAGGCUGCUGAAGAGGAGGGGGAGCUUGGUUGUGGCUGAUAUUCCUAUCCGUGGGGGGCCACUGUCGCCGCUUGCGACGCCGGGGGGGCAGAUGCAGGUGCCGGGGGAGAUGAAGACUGGUGGUGGUGGUGGGACAACGGCAAAGCCGAAGCCGCCUCCGACGGUGUUUGAGGAGCCGGAUGCGAACUCCUUGUUGGACAGUUUUGGUUUUUAA